CAGUGUGCGCUCUGACGGGGUUCUAAAACGGUACGGAAUCGGUAAACGGAUUUGGAUUCAAAAACGAAAACGUUCUGUUUAAAAAUAUCACCUGGCAUAAAGAAAAGAGAGAGAAAUACACCAGAGAAAUAUAUAUAUUGAGGAGAGAGAUAUAUGGUAUCUGUAGAAAAGUGAGAGAAUAUAUAGCACAGAGAAAGUGGCCCAAUGAGAGUGAAAGUGCAGUGUUAUCUCCCCUGAAACUCUCCCUGUAGAUAUGCUCAUUCAUCCCGAUAAUUUGUUGAUUAUAUUCCCCCAUUGCCAUUGCCAUUGGCCACGCAGAUCGAAAGUUGUUUGAAAGUGUAGCCGGGGAGUGUAUUGAAAUUUAUAAAUAAAUAUAUUAAGUAUAUUCCGCCCCGAGUGUAAGCGAGCGAGAGCACAACACAAAUAAAAAGCUCCCCCCGAAAAGAAUUCCCAGUGAAAUGUGAAAACAAAUUGUUAAAUUAGCCCCCCCGCAACACCUCUGAAAAUUCACAGCCAGAAUCGAAUCGUGAUCAUAGAUCAUUUCUGGCCGAGUGACGUAUGUGACAUAUGUAUGUUUGUGUCUCCAAAUAUAAUUAACCCCAUCGAACUGCACAGUCUCCUUGGCAUUGAGUGUCGACACUUCCCCCUCCAAUACGUUUAUAUGCAAAUGAGUUGAGGAUUUCGGGGAGUACGCGUUUCCCAUUUUUUUGGGUGAUAUUCCACGCGUUCGCACGCACUGCAAAUUAAAUUCCCCAAGCUUAAAGUGUCAGCGACGCGUGGCGUGGCCCCGGAACCGGGCCAAGUGGCAGGCUAAAAGCUCCUAGCGAGUGACCCCCGCGACAGACAGGUGGAACAAUAACAGCGACUUGUGGCCGCAGGAUUGAUGUUUGGGCAAAAGUUUUGGGCUAGCUGCUUCGAUGUUACCCAAGCCCCAGACCAGGUCGCCACUCUAGUAACGAGGAACCGAGCAAGAGUGCCGCCACACAACAGCAGAGAGUAGCCGCCGGAGCGGACCAUCCACGUAAUGAGCGGUGCUGCCGCUCGGCUGCUGCUGCGCCUGGAGCUGCCCGCACCGGGUGUGAUGCCCCCGCCACCAACCGACUACGACUGGGGUCCCAUCAGCGAGGAUGAGUUCCUGGCCAGUGCCACGGCCACGGCUACGGCCACAGCAACGGCCAGGAGCCACGAGGAUGCGGUGCGCUAUGAGCUGGCCGACAUACUGGGCAGCACGGUGCCCACCACCCUGUACGAGCAGGUGGUGCAGCAGUGGCUGCCAGCGAUGAGCGGCAACUACACGACGCAUCCCAACCACACGGAUCUGCAAACGGAUCUGCUCUAUCCGCACUACGACGAUGCGGACUUUGACCUGGAGCCGAACUGGACGCGCACCUGCGAGGAGGUCUACAAUCCGCUGCUGGAGAACAAUCGCAUCGAGUUCUGGGUGUGCGGCGUCCUAAUCAAUAUCGUCGGCCUGCUCGGCAUCCUUGGCAACGUCAUCUCGAUGAUCAUCCUGUCGCGGCCGCAGAUGCGCUCCAGCAUCAAUUACCUGCUGACGGGCCUGGCCCGCUGCGACACCGUGCUGAUCCUCACCUCGAUUCUGCUGUUCGGCAUUCCCUCGAUCUAUCCGUAUACGGGGCACUUUUUCGGCUACUACAACAACGUGUAUCCGUUCAUCUCGCCGGUGGUCUUCCCCAUCGCCAUGAUCGCCCAGACGUCGAGCAUCUAUAUGACCUUUACGGUGACCCUGGAGCGCUAUGUGGCCGUCUGCCAUCCGCUGCGGGCGCGCGCCCUCUGCACCUACGGCCGGGCCAAGAUCUACUUCAUUGUGUGCAUCGGUUUCGCAUUGGCGUACAACAUGCCACGCUUCUGGGAGGUGCUGACGGUCAGCUAUCAGCUGCCAGAGUCCGAUACUGUGCUGCACUGUGUGCGGCCAUCGCGUCUGCGCAGGAAUCAGGCGUACAUCAACAUCUACAUACACUGGUGCUACCUGAUCAUCAACUACAUCAUACCCUUCCUCACCCUGGCCAUACUCAACUGCCUGAUCUACAGGCAGGUGAAGCGGGCGAAUCGGGAGCGCCAGCGACUGUCGCGCUCCGAGAAGCGGGAGAUCGGCCUGGCCACCAUGCUGCUGUGUGUGGUGGUGGUGUUCUUCAUGCUGAACUUCCUGCCCCUGGUGCUGAACAUCUCCGAGGCGUUCUACAACCUGAUCGACCACAAGCUGACGAAACUCUCCAAUCUGCUGAUCACGAUCAACAGCAGCGUCAACUUUCUCAUUUACAUUAUUUUUGGGGAGAAAUUUAAGCGCAUUUUUUUACUCAUUUUUUUCAAGCGACGCCUGAGUCGCGACCAGCCGGAUCUUAUACACUACGAGAGCUCCAUAUCGAACAACGGCGAUGGCACCAUCAAUCACCGUUCGUCCGGCCGCUUCUCACGACACGGCACGCAGCGGAGCACCACCACCACCUAUCUGGUGGCAACCGGUCCCGUCGGCGGCGGCGCCAGUGGCGGCAGCAGCUCUCAGCUGAACAAUGUCCGACUCACACAGGUGUCCGGUUCGCCCGGUCUGGUCAAGAUUAAGCGCAAUCGUGCACCGUCGCCGGGUCCGGUGGUCUACUUUCCGGCACGCGAUAUGCAGCGUUCCGUCUCGACGAACACCAAUUCGGCGACCAACAAUAAUACGGCCAUUGGCUAUGACUGGACGUUGCAGGACAGCAAGAAGCUGGGACAUGUCUCAUCGGGCUUUUGAGUGAUUCUCACCGGGUGUACUCCACUAGUUAUGUAUAUAAAGAGAUCAGGCUUUAUCUAAACGAAUAUUAUGUAAUAGAAUAUAAUAUAAUAUAAUAUAAGACAUGUUACUGUAUCCGUAUCCGUAGUGAAGGCAUCAAACUAUGCGCUCCAAGCGUUGCGUUACUUUGUGAUAAGCGUUAAGUGUUUACUGCUCCUCCUACUUCCUCUCUUACUCUUACUUCUAGUUGAACUCCUCCAAAUAGCAAGCCCCUGCCCUCACUGUGGCCA